GGUCGCCACGCCCCGGUUGAGUCUCCACAGCGCCCGUACUUGUUGAACUUUGACCUCGUCUCAGAGGCCGCACGGGUGGGGGCUGUACGUAUGUGUCGUAGCUACGCAUGGUUAGCGUCCUUAUUCUAGCCGCGGCGGGAGCUGCGGUGGCCGUGCUUCUUCUGGCACUGCGGCUGUGGGUUGUGCUCCAUUCUCGGGUCCUUGUGCCCCGUCAGUCUCUCAGUCUCUUGGUGGUGGCUGGGUCCGGUGGGCACACCACUGAGAUCCUGAGGCUGCUUGAGCACCUGUCCAAUGCUUACUCUCCCAGACAUUAUAUCAUUGCUGAUACUGAUGAAAUGAGUGCCCAUAAAAUAAAUUCUUUUGAACGAAAUCGAGCUGAUAGAGACCCCAGUACCAUGUUUCCCGAAUACUUUAUUCACCGCAUUCCCAGAAGCCGUGAGGUUCAGCAGUCCUGGCUGUCCACAGUGCUCACCACUUUGUACUCUAUGUGGCUCUCCUUUCCCCUGACUCACCGAGUGAAGCCAGAUUUGGUGUUGUGUAAUGGACCAGGAACGUGUGUUCCUGUCUGCGUAUCUGCCCUUCUCCUUGGGAUACUAGGAAUAAAGAAAGUGAUCAUUGUCUAUGUUGAAAGCAUCUGCCGAGUAGAACAUUUAUCCCUGUCCGGAAAGAUUCUGUUUCACCUCUCCGAUUACUUCAUUGUUCAGUGGCCGGCUCUUAAGGAGAAGUAUCCCAAGUCGGUGUACCUCGGGCGAAUUGUCUGACAAAUGACAACUUUCUUCUCUAGAAUUUUGCAGUCAAACAUAUUUAUCAUAAUUGGGGGAGAGAAAAACUACAUGUUUAUUAUAAAGGUUUCUGAAGGUCCUGAGAAUUAUUGGUGGUGAGGAGUAAAAAAUGUGUAACUCAGUAAAGAAACUGAGGGUGCUCUUAUAAAACAAACGUUUAUAAAUCAUUAAGUAUUUAUGCUUCUGUGCACCAAAUUUCUUUUCUUUUCUGUCACUACCUGCAAGUUAUCUGCUGACUUGACUUAGUAAUAUUUUUCCUACAACUAAAUAUAGAAUUAGUAUGAUUAGUAACAUUUCCUGUUCUGCAGCUCUUUGUUUUGUUUUGUUUUGUUUACAAUAUUCUGCAUUGUAGCAGAGAAAGAUAUUUCUUAGUUUUUGUUCAGAUACAACAGGCUUUAUUUCCUGUAUGGAAGCAGUAAAGUCCCUAGUGAAUCCUUUCAGUGUAAAGGAAGCAGUUAUAUUAAAUGGGCUUCAUGACAAUUUGCAUUCCACAGGCUUCCAGAACCGUGAGCAUACACCAGUACCUUUUUUUAUUCUUUGGUUUUGCUUUGUGAGUAGUUGCCCUGAAUCCAGAAUAUCUUUUGAAAUGUCUUGUUUAAUUGUUAAAAUAAAUUAAAAGGUGACUACUGUCAUAGUAAUAAAAACAUGAUUCUAUGUUUCAGGAAUCCAAACUCAAAA